GGAAUGGGUCUUUGUUUUAUAGUAGGGAAGUUUUAGGGUCACAGAAAUGUUUCCAUUGAGGUAAAUUUUUCGUACGUGUAUUAGAUACACUUUUAAAUGGCACAUAAAUCUAGUACAGAAAACCAUGACUUGAGAAUGCUUUGGUGUGAAUCGAUGUGAGACAGGUUCGUGAAUUUGCGUUUGUGUUAAGUUUUUGACUGAUUCUGUACACUGUUGAGAUGAUAAAGUUCGUUUGAACUCUAUAAAUAACAAUUUUUUUAUGAGUUAAAAUAAAAUGGCAUCAAAAGAAAGAAUGUUAGCAGAGAGCAAUAGUGUAGAUGACGAAUUUGAAGAAGGGGAAAUCAAGGACGACAGUUCAUAUGAGGAUUUGAGUUCAGAUGAUAUUUUCACUUUAAAUGAAGAAAAAUAUGCAUGUGCAGAUAUUGACAGAAGUGGAUGUACUAACCAUAGUUCUGCUGCAUCGCGUUCACCACGGACCUUGAAUCCGAGGGCGAGGAAAAUAUCUUCCCACAUUGAGUUAGUCCAAGAGAAGGAAAACAGAGAUUCUCCGGUAAGCAUUGUAACAUCGAAACUAGUUCCGUAUAUCAACAUGAGGAAGCGAAGCCAUUAUGCUUUCUUCCAGGAGUCCCCUCGUAGACAUCACAGUUUAUUUGACAAGAUCAAGCGAAGACGCCACAAUAACACAGAUGGUAGGCAACUCCAGCGAUGUGUGUCAGAUGUUGCAGAACGAACACAUACGAAAAAGAAGCAUAAUUCUGUGUCGCACCACAAGAUGAAGUCAAUAGAUGGCCAGGCAGCAAAAUUGAAGAAGCGGCACAAGGAGUCUAACUUCAAUGAAAAUGAUGGAGUGAGUGAGAAACGUGUUAAAGUAAGAAGAUCUCACAAAAUAGCUGGUCUUGUAGGACAACAUUUUGUCUCUGCCAGCACCAGUCUUAGGAGAAGAUUACAAAAUAUGGGUGUAACUUUGCCCACCCUGGACCUCAGCACCAUAUCUGAAUCAUCAUCUACACAACUACUGCCACCUUCACCACCACAACCUCCACUCUUACCUCAACCUCCACUUUCGCCACAACCUCCUCUCUCGCCACAACCUCCUCUCUUACCUCAACUUCAACUCUUGCCACAUCCUCCUCUCUCGCCACAACCUCCACUCUUACCUCAACCUCCACCGCAGACACCACCACCUGAGUUGCUGUCAUCACCACCGCCACUACCAUCACCACUGAUAACUUCUUCACUAGAACACUUGUGUACAAAUACUACCUGUGCAGAUAUUGACAAUGACAUCAUUGUACUCCCAAUUCCAGAAAAGCCACCUGUGGAAGUUAUUGACAUCGCAAGCUCCCCAGAAGUUGAAGAUAGCAAUUCUCUUGAACCUGUGUAUCCGAGUAGCAUCAGCGAGGAAGUUCAUGUGCAGGUAGCUGUAGAGAAUGAAGAAAAAACUGAUACAGGUGUGCCUGAAAACAACGAUGUGACUGAUAAAUCAGCAAAAGAAGCAGACUGUGGUGCCCCUGUGGAAGAUGAGGAGGUGUUGCAACUCCGUCUUAUUGCUUUGCGGUCUGCGAUUUUGAAGAAGCAUCAAAAUCGGCAAAAAAGGAGAGUUCCUGCAAAGCAUAAUCAACAAGAUUUCAGUCCAAAAAGCCCUGACCCCCAUUUGACCAGUACUGAAAAUGUGUCUAGUGAAGAACCUGAUGAAAUCACCACGCUUGUUGAUAUGGAAUUGGCUGACACAGAUGAAGAGAAGGAACCCAGUGAAGAACACGGAAUUAGUGUCAAUGUACCUCUGGCAGCACCUGAUGCAAAUGCUCCGUUAACUUGGGAUCAGUCGUGUGCUGUGUUUGGUCCACAACCGUAUCCAUUGCCUGCCUCAUACGUAGGAUAUGAUGAUUGUGGUAUGGUUCCAUAUUGUGCUCAGCCCAUUGGGAUAGAAUUAUAUAAUGGUGUUCCUGUUGCAGAAUCAAAUGAGAAUUUCACUUGCACUGAUGGCAAAGAAAAUUUUGAGGGACCUUUUUACAUGGCAAGAUCAGGCACAUCAUCAAGUAGCAUCUCUGCUAAUUGUAUUUCAGUGCCCCAAACAUGCAAGACUAUGGACCAUCUUGAUGAGCAAUUGGUGGGUCAGGCCAGUAGCGAUUGGAGACCAGAGGAUGAGGUAGAUGAUGUCACCGCGAUAGAUAUGGCAUCCAUGAUAGUAAUAGAUGAGGUGGGGCCAGAAGAAGAUGGGCAAGCAAACAUUAGUGACGUGCAGGAAGUGCAGGAUGAAGAAGAUGAAGAACUACUCAGAGCCAAACUUCUUCACACAAUGUUAAAUUCAAAACAAAAAAGAAGUAUUCCGGAAUCUAUUUCGCAUGAAAUCAGUGCAGUACAAGAUGGUUACAACCCUACAGAGCAUAUUCCAUCGGAGAAUUCCAACCCACUCUCACUAGUUGAUGGAUCAUGGAUAGAGAUCAAUCAAACAGUUUUGAGUACAGACACAUGUGUGCCUGUCAUCAAGGAUACAGCAGCCAGAGGAAAUGUGCCAACCAAUCCUAUUGUAAUGUCAAGUUCAGAUACAGGUGUGCCUAUCAUCGAGGAUACAACAGCCAGAGCAAAUGUGCCAACCAAUCCCAUCGUAAUGUCAGUACCAGUGGCCGGAGCACCAAUCCCGACUGUUCAGAGAUCAUUUCACAGCAUACAACAUCGUGCCAUGCAGGCUCGUAGAGGCGACAGGAUGCAGUACUCCAAGAAGCAGUUGGCCAGAGCACUGAGAUACACUAGGAAGAAAGUGAAUCUUGUAGUUCCCAAUAAGUCACAGUCACUGAAAGUGACAGUGCCCAUGAAGGCCACAUCACACUCCUCGCAGCGAUUCGUGAUCUGUCUCAAGGAUGACGAGGAGUCUGAUGAUAGUGCAGAUGAGGCUGCUACCGCAAGCAUGGUUUCCGAGCCGAUGCCGGAGCUGGAGGAGCGGAUCAACAUGUUCUUGAAGCAGGCUCGCAUGAGCCAGGAGGCAGCGCAGAAGUUGGAGCCGACCACAAACAAGACACCGUUGGCGGUUCGACACCUCCCACAGUCACAACAGGAAGAAUACAGGCGCCUGAAAGACCAGGUUAUGAAGCUGGAGGAAAUGAACAAACUUCGCCGCCUUCAGCUGAUUUCAGCAUCGACUAAGUCUUUGUCACCAGUUCGUCCUGUAGCUGGGAGAGUUGUGAAGCCGCCAGAUGGGACAGUGACCGGCACUGGUGCCAGCGAGAAGGCUGCUCGGCAGAGUGGGGCGGAGCGCAUGGUGACUGCGACGAACAAGCUGACCGUGACCAUAUCUCAGCCGAGGCCCGGUGUGGUUCCUGCAUCGAGCAACGCAAUAGCCAAUAAUAGCAUUGUGCCGAAGAAACCCCACACUUUAGGACGAGAAUCAUCCUUGGGGGUUUCAAAAAGCAUCACUUCCAAAAAUGUUAGUGCCAGAAAGACUUUGUUUGAAAAGAUCACCAACAAAGAAUCGCGUGUGGUGAAGGCUCAGCCAAGGCAACCAUCGUUUGGAACCACCAGAGUAAUUUCUCCAAAUAUAUCUCCGAAGAAGCAGUUUCAGCAGCUACCACAUGGCAGUAGUUCUGUCGCUUCACAAUUGGGAACUGUACCCAAGCAAGUCAAGGGUAAUACAAAGAUUAGUGUUGUUGGAAACAAUUUAAAGCAAAUGUCUAGUAGCAGCAGCAGCAGUACUAGUAGUCCAAAUAAAGAGUUGAUUAAUGGAAGUGUUAUUAAAAGUCCAUUGAAAUCAUCAUUGACUAAUACUUCUGUCCCUCUUAACAGACACCUGAAUGAGAAGGUUGCGGGCAGCUCAGGUCUUGCAGAGACAGAUGGUGCUGAUGCUAAUGUGCGGGUUGAAAAGAGAGUGGUGGAUAAUGUUCAUAAGCUGCAGGUAGCUCAGAAGUCAUCAGAACUUAUCACAGAGCCUGUACAGUCGUUGGCCGGCAAAGAGUUGUCAACUCACGUGGAAACCACGAAACCUGAUGCAAGUGUAGUUAUUCCCAAGACUGCAGAAAAAAUUAAAGAACAGAAAGAGGACAGUUAUUUAACUGAAAAUAGUGGAGGUCAAAGCAUGGUAAGAAAUCUUAGACAGGAAACCACUGCCAAGGUCGCGCCAGCUCUGGCGGAAACAUUGCAGACAGUCACCGACACCAAUCAGGAGUUUCUCCUUAACUUGGAGCGCAGCCUUCACGCACAAAGGUGCCGUGUGCUGGACGGGAUGACGGACACCUGGGACCUGCUGCGUCGCAUGGAGCUGAGCCAGGAGCAGGAGGAGGCGAGCGCGGCCGAGGUGGCCCGGCUGAGGGCGGAGCUGAGGCGUGCCGAGCAGUGCCUGCGGGCCCAGCGCGAGGGUGUGGCGGGCAUGCGCGCCCUGGUCAGGCAGUCCUACGGCCGUGUCAAGAAGGGCAAGGAGGCCUGCAAGGAGCUGGCCGCUCGCUGCCUCUCCGUCGGCAGCUCCCUGCGUGGCCCCGGCUACAGAGUACCAACAGCAAGGGAAGAACUGAUGGUAGUGAAGCUUCGUCAGAUUUCUGAGUACACUCGGCGGAUCUCCAAGAAAAGAAUCCUUAGUACUUUCUCGUCUCAAGCCCAAGUUGACGCAGAACCGUCAUCUGAGCGAAGCUCUCGUACGGAGCCAUCUCCGGAUACCAACGGCCUGAACACGCGUCCUGUUGUGUGCGAUGAACCACAAGUGCAGGCCGAGGGACCUUCGGCACCCUCGUGCUCGGAUCCUUGUCCCGGGCCAGAUACGACGCCCGGCGGUGAGCCGUCAACCGAGUCACAGGAGGACUCGCCAAACGCCAAAGCUCCGAGGCUGGAGCAGGGAGACGCGUCCUCGGAGCCCGCAGCAGCAGACGCGGGCGGCUGUGCGGGAGGGACUGUGCCCCAGGCGACGGCGGCGAGCAGGGAGCAUCGGGGCUCCGUGCUGGGGCUGGAGGGCGAUCACCCCGGAGCGGAGCAGCGCACGUCGGGUGGCUGGAGGCAGCCCGCAUCCCACUUCUGGCCCAGCGACAGCAAGUGGGCUGGUAAGAUUGACCCCGGACGACCGCUGUGCCCGUACGAACUGCGCGGGUCUUGUCGUGACCAGGAGUGUUCGUACCAGCACGUGUGGGGCGUAGCAGCCACGGCAAGUCCCUGACUCUUGCAGACUGUUUGCCUUUACGAAAUAUGGCUGUGAUUCUUAGAGCAAUUUAGAAUCAGGUUGCAACUUCCUAUCGUAAAUGUUUAUAGUAACAGUUAUUUAAGAUAACAGAAUUUGUAGCUGUAAAGCCAUAGCUUCUUUUGUAUCAUAUGAUAGUUAUUUUUUUUUUACAAUGAUGCCAAAUAUUUUAAUACGUCUCUGUGACAGAAGUAUUGUUAAAAUUGUUAUAUUAUGAAGUGUAUGUUACACUAUUAUGCUUACAUGCCACAAAAAUGUAGUCAAUAUAGUUGUGUCUAUAUGUCUUGUACGUGGUAUUUGUGUUUUUUUUGUGAGAGAUUUUAGUUACAGAGUUGCUCACAGGGAGGAAGGUUGAUAACUGGAAUUGCCUGGGCAUAUUUGAGGUCGUGGACCUCUUGCUCGGAACUGGCUCGUCAGGCUGGCUCUCGUGGUAAGUGAGAUUCCUGCGGUCUGCCGGUUGGUUGUCCGUGUCGUGGGGCUAGGCUUACUUGCACGGCAAAGCACCAGGCGUGUGGCACUGAACUGGGUGUUGCUUUACUUCUUCCUGGACGAUAACUCUCAAGGCAAAGCCAUUUCCUCGAAAAAAAAAAAUUAUUUUUCUUCUCCUUUGUGUUUUUUGUACACUUUCUUUUUGGUUCUGGAAAUCACCGUACAAAUAAAUAAUACUUUAUGCUUGCAUUUAUGACUUACUAUGCCAAAAAAAAUAUUUUAUAAGGAAUUUUUAAUAAAGAGGAUGAAGACACCAUAAACGUUAAAGGGUGGUAUAUAUUUGAAUUGAAUUUUCAUCUAUAUAUAUAUAAUCAGUAAAAGUUAUUGUGACAUGAACUAAUACGAAGAACAUAAUGUACAUAGACACACUUUCUUUAUUUUGCACCAAAAAUGCAUCAUAAUGACUACAGACAUCUGUUCGUGUUUAAACUUGCAGUCAUACUUCGUGAAUGGUUUGAAAUUGAUUUUUGUUUCGACUUAAAAAUUUUUUUUUACAUAACUGAUACAUUUGUUGUUAAAACGGUUAUACUAGUAGUUUUGAUUUUUUUUUACCAUUUAUUUUAUUGAUAAAAAUUAACCAAAAUAAACUUUGUGGAAUUAACUGAAUAAAUUUGUUAAAAAAAAUUAAUUCCAAAUUUUAAAUACGUAUAUUGUAUAACAUUUGUAAGAAAAAUUUUGAAGAUAUCACGUGCUGUGAAAAGUUUUUUUCGCUACCCAAAUUUCCUGUAUGCAGUGUAUACUAGUUAGCUUGUAUGCAACUUGCACAAGUUUGCCAAACUAUUGGUUGAAAAUGAAUAAUUUCUUUUGAAGUUAAUGUUUAACUGAAAUAUUCUCUACUCAUGGUUCUUGGUGAUGGUUUUGUGUGAUGCAGCUGUAGUUAUGAAACAAAUCUAUAAUCAAUCAUGAUUGAUUAGAAAUGUCACUGAAAUACAUAUGUAUUUUUAAAAUAUAUUUUGGCAGUUCUAUUAUUUAUUGAUCUUUGUAUUAAGAAUUGGACUCUUCAUGGUUCAUUUUCUUAAUUCAUUCUUUUAGUUGGCUUUCCAUAGCAAUUUCGACAUCGUACAGCGGCCAGUAUAGCUAUACUUGGCUAGAAUUGAGUGCACAUUUGAGUCUUGCUAAGUUGAACUAACUGACGUGCAAAUUAGGCUGUUUUUUUUGUGCUAAAAUACAUUAUUUCUAUUUCUCCUCUUUGUGGACGUUACAUUUUCUCUUGGUACAUAUUUGACUCUCCCCUUUCCAUUUUUAUAUUUCUCUCUUGCACUACCCUUAUAAUCAAUUCUCAUUGUUUUAAAGCAAGUUUUUAGAGGUCAGUUUUGUAUCUCACAAGUAGGUUCUGUGUGCUGUAUCACCCAUGCCAAGCAUGAAACCAUAUACGUAGUGCAUUCUGUAAUGCACCAGAGUGCAACCUAAUUGACUCAUUACAUUAUCGAUUUUUUGAGAGGCACAAACAUGUGUGUUUAUUUCUACUUAUCAUUUUCAGUGGGUAGUCAGUUGCGUUACAGGUUAAAAGGAUACAUCCUAGGUAGGGAUGGGGCGAAUCCUGAUUUCCUCGAAUCCGAAUCCUAACUCAAAUCCUCGACUGGAAUUGCCGAAUCUCGAACCCAAACCCUAAUCUUUUAACAGAUGAUGUCCACGUAUCUAAUGUUAAGUGAGAUGUAUUCUGCUUGCACUAAAAGUCCCUUGACUUUAUCACAUGUAGUUUGGUACAUUUCUGGUAUAGCCUAAGUGUAUAUAAAGACAAAAAUUUUUUUUUGAGAAAUUUCAGUUUUCGUACAGAUUAGCUGUUAGGAUUUUUUCUAUAAAUAAGCUAGAGGUCUGCGAGCCUAAGAAUUUUACUUUGAGCCGAGCUCGAGCUUUUGUGGUACAGUUACACUUUUGGGAAAUUAUUUUUAUCUUAAACUUAGUAUAAUGUUUGAAUAAAGUAUUAAAAUGAAGUGGGCUUAUUAAUUUUGGGUAACUAUUUACAGUGUGUGUUUACAUUUUGGACUGCUAGAAAAAAAUAACAUUUUUUUUCCAUUGAAUCUUACCUGUUUCCAUUGGUUCAUUAGUAACUGAUAUCAUCCAACUAACAUAACCCAGUAUAUGUUUGUGUAAAUGUAACAUAUCUUUGGGAAAAUUUCAUCCUUGCCAAUUUUUCUGGAGUCCUUACUGAGCUUCAACAAACUUAGCACCAAAAAUCAUGUUGUUUGAAAAGUACAUUCACAUUGUUUCAGCAUUUCCACUUUUCAGCACAAUAAUUCUGAGAGAGAUUUUCACAGAGUCUUAUUAAAUUCUGUUCUUUAAUCUAUCAUGCAGAACAAUAAUUUGUUCUGCACGUUCAGGAGUUAAAUUAGCUCUACGAUUGAAGAUAGUGUUUCCAGCAGAAGAGAAGUGUCUCUCGCUGGCAACCUGCUUGGCUGGAAUGCUUUAGUAAAAUUGCUUAACCUCAAAAUUAGUGUCAUAAAUAUCUCUAACUGGUCAUUAAAGUUUAAUCAAUUGAAAGUAAUAAAAUAAAAGCAUUUUACUUCAUUCAAAUUACACUUGCAAAAAAAAACAUACACACAUAAACCUACAUGGAAAUUAAAGUCUUUUUCAAUAUCCUUAAGUCUGAAAUAUGUUUACUCAUGUCAUUAAAUGUAGAGCUGUAUUGAAGAAGCCGAUUUUGCCAAUAUUUAGUUGAAUCGGCAUUUCUGCCGACUUCCGAUACAGUACGCUUGUUAAUUUUUGGCCGAUAUUACUGAAAAACGAAAGAGACUGCCAUAACCUAAAAAUCCACGAGUACCAUUUUCACUUUUCGUAGUAGUACUGCAUUCUUUCACAUCGCAUUAUUUCUUAGCAACACGUGCCAACCGUACAUAUCAAAGUUUAACAUCCUUUUUUUUUUUUUUAACAAUGUUCUUUAAUUCAAUAUGUCAUAAAUAAAUAAUACAUUACUAUCACGGUAAAUAUACAUCUCGGUUGUUACGGUAACUAUAGUGCAAAUAUGGUAGCUAUCAUGCUUCUGAAGUAAUUAUGGUAUUCUACAAAGAAUCUUUAGUUCUUAUUAUGGUAAUUAUCUUAAAAUAACUAUUGGGUUUGUACUGUAGUUAUGGUACAUCACCCAUAUUUCUUCGUAUGUUGUUGUUCAUUUGUCUUUUCUUAAUAUUUACGUGCGCCAUUAUUCGAGACAGGAAGUUUCAGAAAAAAUUUUAACGGACUUUAUAUCACACAUUUAAUGGCGUAAAUAAUGAGACCUCGGGCAAUUUAAACGCUUUAUACGGAAAAACCUACCAUGCGGAACCUCGUAAGCGAGUUUUACUGUAUUUUUUUUCCGUAAAUAGUAAAAAACCGAAUCCUUUGACGAAUCCUAUAUCAGACCCGCCGAAUCUUCGAAUCCCUAGGAUUCGGCGGAUUCGGCGGAUAUUGGAUUCGGUCGCCCCAUCCCUAAUCCUAGGUGAUUUAAAUUACAGAAAAAAAAAUUCUUACCAUUUUGCAGGUAUAUGGUUGGCAUGUAUUUAGAGAUAACAUGUAUGAUAUUUUUCCCCCUAAAGUGAAUAAUAUUGGUGUUUAUUAAAAAUCCCGAGGAAUGGGCUUUAUGGUUUUGCACUGUAAAAAGUUUUGUUUUUGGUUUCUGUUAUUUUAUAAGUUGCAGAGAAAUUGCAGAGAAUAUUUUUCUUUAAAUUGUAGUGUGAUAGACAAACACAAGCGAUGAAUUCUACUGUCUCAAAUUGUGCAAAUGCUAGCUAAUGCUAUGAAAUACUUCAAUAAUUGGCAGGAUUGUGAUCUAAUGUACAAUUCAGUGGUUAUACUAUCGUCUGAGUCUACGUACUGUGCAGACUAUAAUGUGCGUGUUUCAAGUGCUUCCUGUAUCAAAGUUUUAAAGUGUAAUUGUUGAAGCUCUGCAAGUCUAUCAGCAAAUUGGAAGCAUUUUACAAGUGCAAUCAUUAUCAACGUUUUACCAUGAAAAUGGAUUAAUAACUGCAAAUAUUAGAAGUAUUUUUUUAUGUGUGCUAUACGAAGAUGUUCUUACUUUUGAUAAAAAGACUUGGAAUUACUGAAUUACUGUGACAAUGUUUGGAUGAAGGCUUUUAAUAAGAGUACUUGGUAAUUAAUGUUGAUGUCAAGUAAGUAUUGAAAGUUAUAUCUGCCAUAAAAAAAUAAAAUCUUGCAAAUAUUCAGGUAGUUCCUGUACGCCAUUUGCAAUGAUUGUCAAUGAAUGCGUAAAACAAGAUUGGCAUCAAUACACUGGUGUUAUGGUUUUCCAUAUUAUUGUAGCUUCUGGUCAUUUCCAUUUUAUUAUUUAAUUUUGCAGUUUCUUUGUUGUGUUUUCUUAUCUCUGCAGUUUCUUUGUGUGUAGAUUUGUAUUCAUUGUACUGUACUUCCAUGUUAGAUUGUAAAACUCAACACCCUUAUGAUUCAUGCUAUGCUAUGAAAUUUAAAUUGUCACGUGCACAAUUCACUGGCCACACAACUGAUAUUUCUUUUAGAAAUGUGACAGCCUAACUUUGUGUUUUAAAAUUUGCAACACAAAAAAAAGAAGCUUUUACCAUUUGUGUUUUCUUAUUAUUUAUCUUUUAUUUAUGUAGCAGUUCCCCGUACACCCACCCCUCAAUGUAACCCUGUUCAAUUGUAACAACUCCAAUGAAUUUGAGUAUGAUUUUAAGUAGGGCUCUUUUUCAUAUGUACGAUUUUUUAAUUACAUUGCGGGCACAAUGGCCACAGCACUUGCGUAACAUUAAAUUAAAUUGACAAAUUAAUACAACCAAACAAAAAAAUGAUAAGCUUACCUUUAAUAGCCUAUUUGCCAGAGUCCAAUUAAAAUUGUACAAUGAUUAUUAUCGCGCAGAAAUAUUUCAGAUGCCCGUGUUCAGCCAGUGUCUAUAUUAUAUAAUCCCACAAGUCAGUACUCAGCAGUAGCUCUGGUGAGAAAGACUAGAAACUUUCAGGACUAGUUCACCUCACGUGUACCAGGAUGUGCCAGUGGCAAUAGUGAUUCAUGGUAGACAUGUAUUUAGUAAACAAGUUUCCGGAAUUACACCAACAGGUUAAAUAAUCUUUCUUUUUAGUUGGUAACUCAAAGUUUAUGUUUCUUAGUAAGGAAAUGUGCUUGAGGCAUAUUUUGAAAAAAUUAGCGCAUACAUUUUUUACACUGUACUUUUAUUUUACAAUUUUUUGUGUCCAAGUUUUUUUCAAGACAUUUACAUAAAUAUACUUGAAUUGUAUUUAGAUACAUCAUUAAUACUGUAAAUGGGUUUUCUUAUGGUAGUCAGGAAGCACACUUCACAUACACACUUAUUGAAAAUAUUAUUUUGUUUUUAAUAAUUUCUAUGAAAAAAAAAGUAUUAUUUUUAUUUUUCUCGAACAAUUUAGGGUGUUACUUAUGGAGGUGGUUGUGCCCUAUUUGUCAAAAUUAUAAAAUUCCCUAUAGUUUGGUUUUUCCCAAAAUUUUGCAUUGAACUUCAGAGCGUGGUUUUCUAACAUGCCUUACAUUAAUUCUAACUAGGCUUGGUUGUGAGGUUUUAAAAAAAAAGUUUAGAAAAAUGUAACUGAGAUAGCAACCAUCGUGGCUCGUAGCAAUCUGUCAUGGAAAUACAUUUGCACUCAUUUUCCAGGGAAAGGGGGGGAUGUGUUAUUUCUGCAUACAUCAGACUGUAGUGAUUCUGCUCCUGAUGAUAGGUUUUCACAUACAACUCUCUCUUUCAGAUCUGCUGUUUGCCACGUACUGUGUGUGUGUUUCAUGUGUUCAGGGUGCAUGUGAUCACUCUGUCUCUCUCUUUGCGUGUGCCACAUGCGGGCACUGAGAAGUCCAACUGCUGUGCAUAUUUGGGAGAGUAAUUUUGCCUGCCAGCAGGGAAUCUACAAAAAAAUUUGUGAUGUUUAAAUAAGAAACUUUUAAAUAAGACACUUGUUUAAAUAUUCAGAGCAUUAUUGGUCAAAUAGUGCAGGAUUGUAUAUUUUUUAAAUAAAGAAUUUGAUUAAAAAAAAUGAAAUUGUAAUUUUGUUCCAAACCUAGUACCGCUUUUAGAAGUUUGGAAUCCACUGAUUGAGAUCAUAAAGAAUUGAUAUAGUAAUCGUGGAAAUUGAUUAGUAUACAUUCUAAAAAAAACUUGAACUGACCUAUAGUAAUCACAUGGGCUAGAAUUACAUUAAUAGUGGCACAUAAAUUUAUCUAAAUAUCACUAAAUAUACCUCAAAUUGUAUUGUAUUAUGUCACUUGGUAAUAUUAUGUAAUCUACCAAGUGACAAAAAAGUAAAUCGAAAGUUGUCACACUGUAUACACCUAAGUUUAUUAAUAAUUUUCAAAGAAGGUCUCCUGUGUGUUAUGUUUUACCAUGUUUUCGCUACAUUCGUAGAAAACACACUAUAGUAUUUGUUUAUCAAUGGGGAGAAGGGAUAAAGAAAAACAUAAAUUUUCCCUGUGAAAUGCUAGUUUUCUUUGAAUGUGCAGUUUAUAUAUUUUAGUUUUAUACUAUUAAAUAAUGUGUUAAACUAGAAGACUUAAGGGAAAAAAUAAAAUCAUCACAUCAAUUGUUACGUUUGUACCGAAUCCUAGUCUACUCGAGAACUGCUCAAUAAUUCUAUAGGUAUCCAGAUAUGAGUGCUGUGUAUCGUGCAAGUUA